AUGUUGGUGGUCACACAUUUUAGGAGAGGAUUGGAGAAAUGGUUUCAGAUGUCAACAAUACAGCGCAGAGCUAUUGCCGCUGCAAACAACCGGUGUUGGAAAUGUGGUAACUUCGAAGUUACGAACAUGUUUUUCUGUGCAUCCUGUGGCGCAAUCCGCGAAACAUUGAAGGAACAAGAUUUUUUUGAAUUGUUAAAAAUUAGCAAGGAGUUCAAGAUCGAUUCCUCGACGCUCGUGCAGAAUUACCGACAUAUUCAAAGUAUGAUACAUCCGGACAAAUUUGCACAUAAAUCUGAGCAAGAAAAAGCGAUCGCGUUAGAAUGGAGCUCCUUGGUUAACAAAGCUUAUAGGACUCUAUCGAAAUCGAUUGAAAGAGGCAAGUAUUUACUUGCGUUGAGUGGCGUUACCAUAUCGGAGGAAAAUACUUCCGUCGAUAAAGAGUUUCUCUUUACCAUGAUGGAUGUGAAUGAAUCCGUAGAAGAUGCACAAACUACGGAAGAGCUACAAAAAAUAGCAUCACAGUUGUCAGUAAACAUCGAAGAUCUUAAUUCCAAGCUGGAUCAACUAUUCGAGUCGAAUGAUAUGGAUGGAGCCAAAGAGACAAUAAUUCGUCUGAAAUAUUUGCUGAACGUUGAGAGCACAAUCAAAGAAAAGCUAUUACAGUUGAAUUUAAAAUACUAG